UGACUCUAGUACAGCAUGGCCACCCCACCAAGCCUGAGCAUCGCAGUCCUCCUCUUCCCCGACCAUCAGAACCUCGAUGCCGUGGGUACCAUGGACUACCUCAACAGCCACAGCCAAGCCUAUCUCGCAAACUUCCCCACCGUCCAGCACCUUGUCCCCAAGGCGCCCAUCUUGACGUGGUACUUCGUCUCCGACACCUUAGACCCCAUAACAGCCACCUCGGGCCCUAAACAGCUCCCAACGCACACGUACGCGACGUGCCCGCCCGUGGAUUGUAUCCUCGUACCCGGGAUCGACCCUUUUCUCCCCCUUUCGGAGGGAUGCACAGAGUUCUUGAAAAAGGAUCCGAAGGUUAUCCUCUUGACAGUGUGCACUGGCUCUCUAGUCAUUGCACAAACGGGUGUCCUGGACGGGCACAACGUCGCAUCCAACAAAUGGGCGCUUAAGCUGAUGGUAGACGCCGGGAAGCUGAACAAGGCCGUGCAUUGGGUGGGAGAUGCGAGAUGGGUGAGGGAUGGGAGGGUGUGGAGUGCUGCGGGGGUUACGGCGGGGAUUGACCUUGCUGCUGAGUUCGCGAGGAGUUAUUUUGAUUUGGAGGUGGUUGAGUUUGUGAAGGUGAUUUCGGAGGAGGUGGUCAAUCCGGACAGGCCGGAUCCGUAUGCCUAUGUUUUGGAAGGUGUGGAUUUGGGUGCGGGGAAGUGACUUUGAAUAGACUCAAACACAGCGACUGUUAGUGCAUUCCACAGUCAAUCAAGUACCCAAGUAGACCGACUGAACGGUUUUCC